UCUGUUUAAGAAAAAAAAUCCAAAUGAAGAUUUUAUUGAGGCCUGAGGGGCGUUUAAAAAAAAUUAGUGUUGAUCUGGAGUAACCUUACUUAACGCUUCCGCUAAAUAUGUCUGAAACUCUCUUACGUGUCAACACUAACCGUUUGUCUGCACUUCCCCCAUCGCGCCACGUGGCCUUGUCUCUUCUCUUCAGUUCCUUCUUUUCUCUCUCCCCAGAAAAUCUGAAUCCAAGGCCGGAUGCACAAGCAGGGGAGGAUGAGAUUGAGCUAGAGCUGGGAUUAUCAAUAGGAGGAAGCUUUAGAAAGGCCGAGAAACUAAAGCCAAUCAAGAAAGAAUCAAAACCCAAGAAUAACUCCGUUGCAGAUAUCGGGGAAAGCGUGGUUUUUUAUCCGCAAACGAAACGUGAGAUUCAAGCUUUAAGGAGACAAGAAGCGAAGAAGAAGCGAGAAGAGAAGCAGCAAAAGAGAGGAACAAUAAUAUCAUCUAUAUGUCACCAAAACGAGUUCCGAAGCAAAGUCGACGACGUCGGUGCAACGGAAGAAAGAGAAUGCAAGAAGAAUAAAGUUCAAGAAUUUUCUGGUAAUGCAAAUCUUAAAACAACCGCCGAACUCAAUAAUCCGUUGGGGUGCCCGGUUAUUCCGUUGCGGGUCCCGUCCCCGUACCCGCAGGUCCAGUUUUUGCCGCUGGACAAUAGGUUUGCUUAUUCUUGCGCAAAUGGGGUGCCUUGUUGGGGUGGUGGUGUUGGGAAUGAGAAGAGUGUCGUGCAGCCAGUGGCGCCGAAUGGAGCCUUUUGGCCGUUUCAGACGGGUCAGGAUUCAGGUGUCAAUGCUGGAAAUGGAUAUGAUUCGGAGCAAAACAGUAGCAGAGAUGAAAGGAAUAGGAAAACAGGGUCAAAUGGGUCUCCCAUGUAUAGUUCCUCUGUGGUUUCGGAUCUUGAAUGCUCUUCUAAUCAAGGUGGUUGCAGCAGUGAAGCUGGAACCGGCACAAGUCAUUGUCAACUGGAACAUCCUCAAAUGAAUUGUUCAGUUGCAAGCAAUCUAAAGGGCCAGUCUGAACACAGUGCUCCUUCUCACCAAAUGGACUCUGCCCAAAGUAUUGACAAAUCUAGAAACGGUAUCGAAAAGAAGGCCUCAAUGAAGGUCACCGAGUCCACUCCAUCAAGUCUGAAGGAAGAACCCAAUCCCAGAAUACGAUCAGAUUUUAGAAGCAAACCUGUUUUGACUAAUGAAACUCCAGCUGCCACUUUAACAAAAGAUGCCAAGGGGGACAUGGGCAAGCCUCCUAAGCCUCAAAUUCCUCCUGGCGACAUCCUUUCGCUUCAAAACAUGCCUUGCGUUUCAACAACAGGCAAUGGCCCGAAUGGUAAAACCAUUAAUGGUUUUCUGUACAGAUAUACAAAAUCAGAGGUCAGCAUCAUCUGUGUCUGCCAUGGAAGUUCAUUCACACCUGCUGAGUUUGUGCAGCAUGCUGGGGGUGAUGAUGUGUCACAUCCUCUGAGACACAUUACCGUAAUUCCUUCUGCCUUCUAAUAACAAUACAACAAUUGUAGCAAUGCAUGAUUGUUUUGCCUGGUGUUUAGUUUUUUUUUUUAGACCGUGGGAGCUGCAGAAAAUGAUGAUUGUAUGCUUGUAACUGAGCUCUUCUCGGAAAACAGAAUGGAAAAGUCUCUUUGUUGUCCUUUCCUUCAAUAUGGUUUCUAACUGCAUUAACUGACAAGAUUAUUGGUUGGUUC